UUGAGACUCCAGAAGUUGAAGGUACUACUACCACUUACACACCAUGGACCGGUACAUACACAUCUACUAUUGGUACCAGUGUUACCACCAGUGUUGGUGCAGAUGGUAUUACAACCACCUCUACUAUCUACACAGUUGAGACUCCAGAAGUUGAAGGCACUACUACUACUUACACACCAUGGACCGGUACAUACACUUCCACUAUUGGUACCAGUGUUACCACCAGUGUUGGUUCAGAUGGUAUUCCAACAACCUCUACUAUCUACACAGUUGAGACUCCAGAAGUUGAAGGUACUACUACUACUUACACACCAUGGACCGGUACAUACACUUCCACUAUUGGUACCAGUGUUACCACCAGUAUUGGAUCAGAUGGUAUUACAACCACCUCUACUAUCUACACAGUUGAGACUCCAGAAGUUGAAGGUACUACUACUACCUACACACCAUGGACCGGUACAUACACUUCCACUAUUGGUACCAGUGUUACCACCAGUGUUGGUUCAGAUGGUAUUCCAACUACUUCCACCAUCUACACAGUUGAGACUCCAGAAGUUGAAGGUACUACUACCACUUACACACCAUGGACUGGUACAUACACUUCCACUAUUGGUACCAGUGUUACCACCAGUGUUGGUUCAGAUGGUAUUCCAACUACCUCCACUAUCUACACAGUUGAGACUCCAGAAGUUGAAGGUACUACUACCACUUACACACCAUGGACCGGUACAUACACUUCCACUAUUGGUACCAGUGUUACCACCAGUGUUGGUUCAGAUGGUAUUCCAACAACCUCUACUAUCUACACAGUUGAGACUCCAGAAGUUGAAGGUACCACUACUACAUACACACCAUGGACUGGUACCUACACAUCUACUAUUGGCACUACUGUAGUUACAACUACUGGUACUGAUGGCAAACCAACCACCUCUACCACCUACACAGUUGAGACUCCAGAAACCAACGGUGUCACAACUACCUAUACUCCAUGGACUGGUACAAUUACUUCCACUAUUGGCACUACUGUAGUUACUACUACUGGUACUGAUGACAAACCAACCACCUCUACCACCUACACAGUUGAGACUCCAGAAACCAACGGUGUUACAACUACGUACACACCAUGGACUGGUACAUACACUUCCACUAUUGGCACUACUGUAGUUACAACUACUGGUACUGAUGGCAAACCAACCACCUCUACCACCUACACAGUUGAGACUCCAGAAACCAACGGUGUUACAACUACGUACACACCAUGGACUGGUACAUACACUUCCACUAUUGGCACUACUGUAGUUACUACUACUGGUACUGAUGGCAAACCAACCACCUCUACCACCUACACAGUUGAGACUCCAGAAACCAACGGUGUCAGAACUACCUAUACUCCAUGGACUGGUACCUACACAUCUACUAUUGGCACUACUGUAGUUACAACUACUGGUAUUGAUGGCAAACCAACCACAUCUACCACCUACACAGUUGAGACUCCAGAAACCAACGGUGUUACAACUACGUACACACCAUGGACUGGUACAUACACUUCCACUAUUGGCACUACUGUAGUUACUACUACUGGUACUGAUGGCAAACCAACCACCUCUACCACCUACACAGUUGAGACUCCAGAAACCAACGGUGUCACAACUACCUAUACUCCAUGGACUGGUACAAUUACUUCCACUAUUGGCACUACUGUAGUUACAACUAUUGGUACUGAUGGCAAACCAACCACCUCUACCACCUACACAGUUGAGACUCCAGAAACCAACGGUGUUACAACUACGUACACACCAUGGACUGGUACAUACACUUCCACUAUUGGUACCAGUGUUACCACCAGUGUUGGUUCAGAUGGUAUUCCAACAACCUCUACUAUCUACACAGUUGAGACUCCAGAAGUUGAAGGUACCACUACUACAUACACACCAUGGACUGGUACCUACACAUCUACUAUUGGCACUACUGUAGUUACAACUACUGGUACUGAUGGCAAACCAACCACCUCUACCACCUACACAGUUGAGACUCCAGAAACCAACGGUGUUACCACCACUUAUGUUCCAUGGACUGGUACAAUUACUUCCACUAUUGGCACUACUGUAGUUACAACUACUGGUACUGAUGGCAAACCAACCACCUCUACCACCUACACAGUUGAGACUCCAGAAACCAACGGUGUUACAACUACGUACACACCAUGGACUGGUACAUACACUUCCACUAUUGGCACUACUGUAGUUACUACUACUGGUACUGAUGGCAAACCAACCACCUCUACCACCUACACAGUUGAGACUCCAGAAACCAACGGUGUCACAACUACCUAUACUCCAUGGACUGGUACAAUUACUUCCACUAUUGGCACUACUGUAGUUACUACUACUGGUACUGAUGACAAACCAACCACCUCUACCACCUACACAGUUGAGACUCCAGAAACCAACGGUGUUACAACUACGUACACACCAUGGACUGGUACAUACACUUCCACUAUUGGCACUACUGUAGUUACAACUACUGGUACUGAUGGCAAACCAACCACCUCUACCACCUACACAGUUGAGACUCCAGAAACCAACGGUGUUACAACUACGUACACACCAUGGACUGGUACAUACACUUCCACUAUUGGCACUACUGUAGUUACUACUACUGGUACUGAUGGCAAACCAACCACCUCUACCACCUACACAGUUGAGACUCCAGAAACCAACGGUGUCAGAACUACCUAUACUCCAUGGACUGGUACCUACACAUCUACUAUUGGCACUACUGUAGUUACAACUACUGGUAUUGAUGGCAAACCAACCACAUCUACCACCUACACAGUUGAGACUCCAGAAACCAACGGUGUUACAACUACGUACACACCAUGGACUGGUACAUACACUUCCACUAUUGGCACUACUGUAGUUACUACUACUGGUACUGAUGGCAAACCAACCACCUCUACCACCUACACAGUUGAGACUCCAGAAACCAACGGUGUCACAACUACCUAUACUCCAUGGACUGGUACAAUUACUUCCACUAUUGGCACUACUGUAGUUACAACUAUUGGUACUGAUGGCAAACCAACCACCUCUACCACCUACACAGUUGAGACUCCAGAAACCAACGGUGUUACAACUACGUACACACCAUGGACUGGUACAUACACUUCCACUAUUGGUACCAGUGUUACCACCAGUAUUGGAUCAGAUGGUAUUACAACCACCUCUACUAUCUACACAGUUGAGACUCCAGAAGUUGAAGGUACUACUACUACCUACACACCAUGGACCGGUACAUACACUUCCACUAUUGGUACCAGUGUUACCACCAGUGUUGGUUCAGAUGGUAUUCCAACAACCUCUACUAUCUACACAGUUGAGACUCCAGAAGUUGAAGGUACCACUACUACAUACACACCAUGGACUGGUACCUACACAUCUACUAUUGGCACUACUGUAGUUACAACUACUGGUACUGAUGGCAAACCAACCACCUCUACCACCUACACAGUUGAGACUCCAGAAACCAACGGUGUUACCACCACUUAUGUUCCAUGGACUGGUACAAUUACUUCCACUAUUGGCACUACUGUAGUUACAACUACUGGUACUGAUGGCAAACCAACCACCUCUACCACCUACACAGUUGAGACUCCAGAAACCAACGGUGUUACAACUACGUACACACCAUGGACUGGUACAUACACUUCCACUAUUGGUACUACUGUAGUUACAACUACUGGUACUGAUGGCAAACCAACCACCUCUACCACCUACACAGUUGAGACUCCAGAAUUUAAUGGUGUUAGUACCACUUAUACUUUUUGGACUGGUUCAUUUACCUCAACUUAUUUAACUACUAUAUUUACUACCACUGGCUCUAAUGGCAAACCAACCACCUCUACCACUUACACAGUUGAGACUCCAGAAUUUAAUGGCGUUAGUACCACUUAUACUUUUUGGACUGGUUCAUUUACCUCAACUUAUUUAACUACUAUAUUUACUACCACUGGCUCUAAUGGAUUGUCUACCACUUCCACUAUCAUUUACGUUGAAACACCAGGAUUUGGUUAUUUCAAUACUACUAGCUCUAAAUCAUCUCCAUUGACUACUAUUCCAGGUACUACCUCUACUUCUGAAACUGUUUCUCCAGUUAAUCCAACUACUGAGACAUCUGGAUUGCCUUCUAGUGUUACAAGAACUACUGUGAUUGUUACAUCUGGCAGAACUAUAACCUCGACUAUUGUCACAUGCGAUGCUACUACCACCACUGUUCCAAACAAUAGCAACAACAAUAAUGGUGGUUCUAACAAUUCCGGUUCCGAAGUUUAUUCUGUUAGUUCUGAGACUUCCAAUACACCAGUUACUGUUACUAAGACUAGUGUAUUCACUACAUCUGGAAGUACCAUUACUGCUACUAUCACCUCUACUAUUGUUCCAAAUAACAACAACAACAAUGGUGGAUCUGGUAGUUCCGAAACUGGUAAUACACCAGUUACUGUUACCAAGACUAGCGUGUACACUACAUCUGGUAGCACCAUUACUGCUACUAUCACCUCUACUAUUGUUCCAAAUAACAACAACAACAAUGGUGGAUCUGGUAGUUCCGAAACUGCUAAUACACCAGUUACUGUUACUAAGACUAGUGUGUACACUACAUCUGGUAGCACCAUUACUGCUACUAUCACCUCUACUAUUGUUCCAAAUAACAACAACAACAAUGGUGGAUCUGGUAGUUCCGAAACUGGUAAUACACCAGUUACUGUUACCAAGACUAGCGUGUACACUACAUCUGGUAGCACCAUUACUGCUACUAUCACCUCUACUAUUGUUCCAAACAACAACAAUAACAAUGGUGGAUCUGGUAGUUCUGAGGCUGCUAAUACACCAGUUACUGUUACUAAGACUAGUGUGUACACUACAUCUGGUAGUACCAUUACUGCUACUAUCACCUCCACUAUUGUUCCAAAUAACAACAACAACAACGGUGGAUCUGGUAGUUCUGAAACUGGUAAUACACCAGUCACUGUUACCAAGACUAGUGUAUUCACUACUUCGGGUAGUACCAUUACUGCCACUAUCACCUCUACUAUUGUUCCAAAUGACAACAACAACAACGGUGGAUCUGGUAGUUCUGAGACUGCUAAUACACCAGUUACUGUUACUAAGACUAGUGUGUACACUACAUCAGGUAGUACCAUCACAUCUGUUACUACAUCUACUAUUGUUCCAAACAAUAAUAAUGAAAAUGGAUCAGGUUCUUCAGGCAAUGCUAGUGAAUAUGUUGAGACUAUUUCUUCUGGUUCUGUUUAUACCACUGUUACCAAGAGUGCCAAUGGUAACUCUGGUAAUUCCGACAAUGUUAUUACCAAGACCACAUCUGGUGGCAAAGUUAUUACCACCACUAUUCAAUCAGAAACUGUUUCUAGCACAGCUGCUAUUGAGGUUCAAAGUAUUCAAUCUCAACCAGCAUCUAGUGGAUUAAUUUCUAUUUACCAAGCUGGUGCUGUUUCAAACAGAAUAUCUACCUUCAAGAUGUUCUUUACUUUAUUUGUUUUGUUUUUCAAUUUAUUUUAA